AAAAAUGAGACACAUAAUAAGUCAGGAUAACUGGGAAUAUUUAUGGAAAAUGUGGUGGCCGUUAAAGUUGAACAUUUGAGUGUUAUCAGAAGGGAAAAAACAACUGUGGUUUAGUUGAUAAUAACAACAACUAUAUAAAAGAUAAACAUAUGGAAGAGUGGGGAGGUGUGAUCUCCAGACUUUAAACUUUUCAGAUAGUGGUCCUACUGAAAUAUUAACACACCUACAAUUCCUGUAAAUAGAGGGUUUAAAUACAUAAUCCUAAAGAUGUAUGAUAGCAGAAACAUGAAACCUAAAUUGAUCUAAAAAAAAAAACAAAAACAACAACAACAACCACAUAUCCAUGAUACAACACCCAAAUGACACUGCGGGGUAGUUUUGGGGAUGUAACAUAACUCAGUUAAAGUUACUCCUGUACUGAGGAUGUUGUGAGGCUCUGUUAUACUUUGGGGGGCAUUUUGUUGCCAUGGUUUGAGUCUUCUUGUAACUCUUAGAGGAAAAUGUCACUGCCAAUCAACAGAAAGUGCAAUUUCUAUAAUAAAAGACUAUCCUCAUACCUGUGGUGUAGAAGAAAGGUGGUAUAUAAAUUAUUUCAUAUUAUUUCCCAUGGCCUUCACAGUUACCAGAUAUACACCCAAGUGAACUCCUGUGAGUCGGUGGUCGCCAUUGCCAUCAUCAAAACACCAAAAGCAGGAUUAUUUCCCAUAAGAAUGGGAGGACAUUAUCCGUACUAAGAUACAUAAAACUUUACUGAUGACGCCUCAGCUCUUCUCCGCUGACAUUGAAAUAGUUUUUUAUUUGAAAGCAGGUGGAUCAUGACAGAGAACACCGAUAAAGAACAAUCUGGGGUAUUCCGCGCAUGUGUGUGAUGAGUAUCUGGAGUUCAGGCAGGGCGGUGCAGCAGGUCCGUUUAAAGUCAGUAAAUGUGGGCCUGGCUUCACUCACCAGCUGCGCAGUCAGGUGUUUGUUGACAUGCGAAGAUACCGGCGUUAUUCAGUUUGCUUUCGACUUCUUGUCGUGAGCGUUUCUGUGUAAUGGCACGACGACGCUGUUCCCUUCAAACUCCAAACUUUCUUUUGCAUGGAGCUUGACCUACAUCGCUUUUAUUCGUUUCCGGACACGAAGGAUGAAAUGCUGAUUAGUCCAGCCAAACGGCGGUGUGGGUUAUAAUCCUUCAAAGCGCACUUUGUUAUUUAAGUUGUUUAAGUUUAAGUUGUUGGUGAGGCUUGCUGUUGAGCUCAGGCACUGAUCAUGGUUGAAGGGAGAGCGGCUGAUUUGGCGCCCACAGCUGCUGUUAAAAUCUUCUCAGCUGGAACAGCAGGCUGCGUGGCGGACCUGGUCACCUUCCCACUGGACACCGCCAAAGUCCGGCUGCAGGUGCAAGGUGAAUCCAAACCCUUACUGAAAGGCCAGAGGGCGGAAUACCGAGGUGUGUUUGGCACCAUCUUCACCAUGGUGAAGACAGAGGGGCCGAGGAGUCUGUACAGCGGGCUGGUGGCAGGACUGCACAGACAGAUGAGCUUCGCCUCGGUCCGCAUCGGCAUGUAUGACACCAUGAAGGAGCUCUACACCCAAGGCUCAGAAAAUGCUGGACUCGGGACUCGACUGCUGGCAGGUUCCACCACAGGAGCGAUGGCCGUGGCUUUUGCUCAGCCCACUGACGUGGUGAAAGUCAGGUUCCAGGCUCAGGCCCAGCGGCCUGAGAGCGGCUCUGUCAAGAGAUACAGCAGCACGAUUGAUGCCUACAGGACCAUUGCCAGGGACGAAGGUUUUAAAGGCCUCUGGAAAGGUUGUCUUCCAAAUAUAGCUCGUAAUGCCAUCGUAAACUGCUCUGAGCUUGUGACCUAUGACAUAAUGAAAGAGCUCAUCUUGAAGUAUAACCUGAUGACAGACAACAUGCCGUGCCACUUCACCGCAGCAUUUGCAGCCGGUUUCUGCACCACGAUUGUAGCAUCCCCUGUGGAUGUGAUAAAGACACGCUUCAUGAACUCAGUGCCUGGGCAGUACAGCGGUGCUGUUAACUGUGCUAUAACCAUGCUGAUUAAAGAAGGACCAACAGCUUUCUACAAGGGCUUUGUGCCCUCAUUCCUUCGCUUGGGUUCCUGGAACAUUGUGAUGUUUGUGAGCUACGAGCAGAUAAAGAGAGCCGUGAUGAGGUUUCAGCAGUCCUGAAAGUCUUUGCUCAGACCUGUUUGCCUGUUGGUUUGAUACUGAAGCUAUGCAGCCAUUGUAGCACAGUUAUUGUUGUUGGUUUAGACCUUUUCAUCCUCAGGAAUAAAAGUGCACAUCUAACAAGGUCAAACCCCCAAAAGAAACUGCAGUGAUGAUUGAUUUUAAAAAACAAACAAACAUUUAUUUAAAUAUUUAAUAAUUAUUUUCUUAUAUCUCCACAAGCUCUCUUUUCACACGAGGCAUGUUAAUGUUUACUGGCACACUUGAACAGACGCACAAGAGAAAAUGCCCACAGUAUAUUCUUUAAGUUGUAUCUUUCUUAGGCAAGUUUAUGCAUUCAGUGCAUUUGCUUCCAAGUGUAGUAAUACACACAUGAAUGGAGAAGCACAAAACUGAAUUUAGAUGUGUAAAGUAACAAAUGACUGUUGGAUAUAUACUGACAGAACAGGUCGAACAUGUUUCUGAGGCUGUAAAAAAGAAUACAGGAAGUGCAAAUGUAUGUAAAUAUGUAGCCCAGAGUAAUUAUCCCAUUUCAUACUGAAUUUUUCCAAAACAUACAAAUAACCAGGUCAUAUGUCACCUUUUGGAAUGAGCAGCUCCUAUUUUUUAUUUUAUUUCAUGGAUAAAGUAGAAAUGUUUGUUUUAUGUUAGGCCAUGAUUGAAACUACUGAGAUAACAUGUAUACUCUACUCACACUCUUCAGAAAGGCCUGUUCCUGGAUACUAGAGAAAAGGGCAAAUUGUUUAUUAUAACCGCAGAUUCAGGAGGAACAACAGCUUUUAUUCUGGUUGUGUAAUGGUGGGCCAGCUCUUUAUCAUCCUGAGGUGCAUGGACAUUUGCCCAACCAGUCUACCUGUGUUUUGUAGGAGGUAAAUCAGGAGUAAGGGUGUUGAGGAAACUGUUGUGGUUUGCUGCUUCACAAUUCCAGCAAUAAGUCGCUCAUUCUCAGUGGGUGCUGGAUAAUGAUGACCAAAACAAAUAGGCCUCUUUUUAGUUACCAUGUUCAAUAACCUUUUGCUUGGUGGCUUUGAACCCACCAUCUUCUCUGGUCAUAUGACAAGUUAUGCUAAAGUGUUAUUAUUUCAAUAUCUGCUCAAAAUGCAUAGAUAUAUAAUUCUGACACAUUUUUAGACCUUUAUAUAACUCAGAUCAGUAUUGUGACAGAUGAGAUUAAAUGGGUUACAUUAAAUCCGGCAUAAUAUUUGUUUUCUAACAUUUCUCAGUCUUCAUUGAAAACUUGAACACAGCACUCAUAGCAUAUGUUUGCUCACUGGGUUUAAGCUACUGUGGGAAAACUCCCUGUAAGCCUCAUAUAUUUUCUGUAUUUUGGGUAAAAUUAUUGUUUUGUGACUUUUGUUGUUGUUGUUUUUUUUUAAGUGAAUGUAUUUCUGGGUCAGGGCAUUUUUAUCUCUUAACCUCUCUAACCUCAUAUACGAGGUUGACUGUGUGUGAGUUAGACUUUAUGUAUAAGUAUACUGGUUCACUUGGUCUGUUGCACUUGUAUGCCUUUCAGUUAUGUCUAAUGUAUGGCUUAUGCUUUGACCAACUGGACUGUCCUGUUUAAAGUUUUAAAAAUAUGAAUAAAAUGUAGAUGAAAUAAGAAGGCAGUAAAAAAAGGACAACAUUUUCUAUAGGGGGCCAAAUGUUGACCCACACACAUACACAGUGAACCUCAUCAUGUGUUACUAUAUACCUGCUGUACUACUGGAUGCUGUUACAGAUACUCUUCUGUAUAAUCCCCCAUGAGACCUUUCAGGGAAACAAUACAGAGAUAAAACACCACCUAAGUGUGUGAUUCAAGCCAGUAAAAGACUUUUGAAGCUAGAGGAUGCAAGCUCCAACAAAUAUUUUAUGAUAGUUCAUCUUUCUUAUGCCAUUUGUAUCAUUCUUGGUGUGUAUACAAGCUUAUUAACAAAAGUAUCCACAUAUUCAAACAUAAUCGAGUUUCCUGCCAAACAAUGCAGAGACACGCAGGUGAACAGCACAAAACAACCAGCUGACAGACAAGAAAAUUGCCCAGUUUGAGUCUUGCAGGACAAAAGACGCUGCUGACAAAGAUGAAACUGAAGUCUGUGCUGGAACAAAAGCCCGUAUACAUGGUCCACCUUGCUAAUCAUCUCCAUGGCUGAACUGGUAUGGCAAAGUGUGGUGGACCACAUGGCACCCUGGCUAACCCUAAUGUGUGCUCAGGUGAGUCCAUGUUGAGCCAAAGCAGGACAUGGACUCAUUGGACUUUUAUCAAAAGACUUUGAGCGUGGACAUCAUCAUGAAGGAAGCGUUGCUUGUGCUCCUUCUCUGACCUUGGCAGGAGUCUCUGGGCAUAAAUGGCUGCAGGUAUCGAGUGUCAGUGAGCAGUUCAAGUUCACCGCAGAGAAAACAUUACUGUGUUCUAACCAGCUUAUAAAUACUGACGGCAUUUACAGUAAAAUCACCUUAAGUUAAAAAUCCAAAUGAUCAAAGUUUGUUACCUGGAAACAAAAAAACAAACUUGCUGAUGUGCUUUGCAUUGAUUUGGUUACAUGCCAACAUCCACCGCCUUCUUACUGAAACAGGCUAAAAGCUCAGAAGCAUUUAGUUAAGGUAUUUGCUCCUAGAGAGAAAAUGAAACUGUGUUUGUGUAUUAUCUGCUAUUGUAAAUUACCAUUUUUCCUCCUGUCAUUGUUGGUGUGGUUUACUAUGUUAAAAUAGUAUAUCUGCAGUGUAUGGCUCUAUGGAAACUUGUUUCCAGCACUGAAUGAAUAAAACUUGAAAUUUUUAAUUAUGAA